UCUGAAUCUGUCCUUGUGUCACUUGCAUAUAUGGACAAGUUAGAAUGGCAACUUGUGACGCUGUGCUGCUAAAAACAGCUCCAGCUCCCUUCAGCUCUUUGUUUUAACAAUGUCCUCCAGUGAAAGAAAUUCAAAGGACAUUUGAUCACACAAGCCAUGGAAUUAUUUCAAGGAAACUAACCCGGAAACUGAUCGAUGGUACUCUUUUAUUCUGGACAUAUGCACCUUGGAACAGCUAGGAGAUGAGCACUUCUCUGAAUUACAAGUCCUUUUCCAAAGAGCAGCAAACCAUGGAUAACCUGGAGAAACAACUUAUUUGCCCCAUCUGUUUAGAGAUGUUUACUAAACCUGUGGUCAUCCUCCCCUGUCAGCAUAACCUGUGUAGAAAAUGUGCCAGCGAUAUUUUCCAGGCCUCUAACCCGUAUCUGCCAACCAGAGGAGGCACCACUAUGGCAUCAGGUGGUCGAUUUCGCUGUCCCUCUUGCAGACAUGAAGUGGUUCUGGACAGACAUGGUGUGUAUGGACUUCAAAGGAACCUAUUAGUGGAAAAUAUCAUUGACAUAUACAAGCAGGAGUCCACCAGACCUGAAAGAAAAUCUGAGCAGCCAAUGUGUGAAGAGCAUGAGGAUGAGAAAAUUAAUAUCUAUUGUUUAAACUGUGAAAUACCCACAUGUUCAAUGUGCAAAGUUUUUGGUGCCCAUAAAGACUGCCAGGUUGCUCCUCUCAAAAACGUUUACCAGCGACAAAAGUCUGUACUCAGUGAUGGCAUUGCAGUACUCGUGGGCAGUAAUGAUAGAGUGCAAGGAAUAGUAGGUCAACUGGAGGAGACCUGCAGGACAGUAGAGGAAUGCUGCAGAAGACAGAAAGAGCAACUGUGUGAAAAAUUUGAUUUUCUGUAUGCAAUACUGGAAGAAAGGAAAAAUGAGAUGACACAAAUAAUCACUAGAAACCAAGAGGAGAAACUGGAACAUGUCCGCUCCCUGAUGAAAAAGUAUGCAGAUCACUUGGAGACAGUGUCUAAGCUAGUUGAAUCAGGAAUCCAGUUCAUGGAAGAGCCAGAAAUGGCAGUGUUUUUGCAGAAUGUCAAAGCAUUGCUACAAAAAAUUACUGAAGCAUCUAACACAUUUCAGAUGGAAAAAAUAGAGCCUGGCUAUGAAAAUAUGAGCCAUUUCACAGUCAACCUCAAUAGAGAAGAAAAAAUAAUAAGAGAAAUUGACUUUUACAGAGAGGAGGAGGGUGAUGAGGAAGAUGAGGAUGUGAUGGAAGGUGAAGAGUUUGAUGAAGUCCGCACAGAGUCAUCUGGUGAGGAGGAAGAGGUAGCUGAGAAAGUAUCCCAGCAAUCUCAGCCAGACUCAGAACCCAAGAGUACAACAGGAGACCCUCAGACUGAACCAGCCCCCUCACUAUCACCAGGUGCCUCAUUUAGUCAGGGUGAGGUGGUGCCAAGUGGUGGUCGACAGACUGCAGAGUCUGAAACACAAAUGCCAUCAACAGCAGAAACCAUCGAUCCCUUGUUUUACCCUAGUUGGUAUAAGGCCAAAUCUCGGCAAGCAAGCAGCCCAAGUUUGACCCAGCUGAGUGAUGGGUUGGGCCAAGUAGGGCCAUCUGUUUCUCUGGAAAUGAAUGUAAAGAAGGCAGAAACUGCAGAAGCCGCAACAAGCAAUGAGCGUGUACCUGGGAGUGGUAAGGAAACUAACACAACUGCAGCUACUUCCCAGGAUCAACACAGCUACAACAACAUGGCAGACAAACCUGUUUACUAAGUUUAGGAGACAAAUUUUCACUCCAACCUUGCUGAAAAGGAACUCUGGUGUCUAAAUAGGUAAUUAUUCCUUCAGGUCUUCCAAGUUCCACUAAUUUUUGCACUCUCAUUCAAGCGCACAAUAGAUUUACUCACUGGAAAGUGUUAUCCAUUGAAAAUGUAAAUGUACAUAAAAUGACCAAAUUUUCACACCACAUUUUGAACCUGCAACAAAAAGCAUCAUUUUGAAAAUCUUGUCCAAAUUAAGAGGCUAGAUUAAUCCAUCUUUCAAGUCUUAGGUCCAGAUUCUUAGCCGGUGUAAAUUGAAUUACCUCUAUUGAAACCACUGGGGCUAUGCCAAUUUAUACUAAUUAAAGAUGUGGCCCUUAAAAAUAAAUUGAAAACUUCAAUUAGAUAUAGGAAAAGAAACAGGAAACUACUUGUUUUCAUGUCCACAAGACUUUAGGAUUUGUCCUAUAGUGGUAUGACAUUGUCCAACUAGACAGUAACUGGAAUGAAGCCCGUUAGCCAACUUACACAUAACAGAUCAUCAUUUCUCACUAAUUCCAGUAUGGAUUUUAACAUUACAUACUUACAAAAAUUGCUUGGAAAAUGCCAAAUAAUCAUCCAUCCUAUGCUGUAGUUCUUCAUAAGUAGCUGUGAUAUGUUGUCAGUACCUGUACAUAUGUUUGCACCGUGAUUUUGAUAACUUUACAUUAUGCAACUGUUAUAAAUGGUUGAGAUAUAUUUAGUGUUAAAGGACACAAUUCUAUCAUCCUUAUUCAUUUUAAAUAAUACCUUACUUGCAAAUAGUCCCAUUGAAAUCAAGUAUAUUUCCCACAGUAGGAUACUACACAAUGUGAGUAAGGGUAGCAGAAUUGGACCCAAAGCUCUGACAACUAAUUUGUUUUUAACCAUCCUAAAAGAGUUAGUAUAUAUUGCCCCAUAUGUUACAAAUGUAUAGUCCCGUUUUUUGAAGACGUUAAGU